GUCGUCCGCUAGAUAUAAUAGAGCAAGCGCUUUAGUAGUGCAGGGGCUGUGUAAGGUGAAAUAAUGCAGGAUGUGCUUGAACCGGAAGCUGAUUCUGCAAAAGCGUCGGAACAAGCGGCCAUCGUGUGUCAUAACGCGCUCUUCCUCACCGAUCGCUACGUCGACUGCGAGCGCGUGAUCGGCGCAAAAGGCGCAAGAGUCGCGGGUGUCUGCGAGUGGAUCACACGCGAUGCGAAAUAUCGUGCGUGGCUGAGCGGCGGCAACAAUGGUGAUAGCAAUGACAACGACAACACACGCCUGCUGUGGAGCUUGGGCGGGCCAGGUAAGGCUAAGAAGAUGACGUCUGUCUUCUUGAUAGAGGAGCUGGAAAGGCAUACAGAGCGCAUAGACAAAGCAGAGUUGGUUUUCUUCUUUUCCAGCGUAGAGGACGAGAAGCGCAACACAGCCGUGGCAGUGCUGCGCGGACUGGUGCACUGGAUCAUCGCCAAGCGGCCGCAGCUGGUCGAACACGCACUGCCGUGCUUCGAGUUGCUGGAGAGGACGCAGCAGACGCUAUCGUCUCCAGAGGUGCUAUGGCUCAUUCUAGACAAGCUCGGCUCCUUCAAGCUGGUAAUAGCCAGCCGAGAAAUAUCUGGCCUGCAAGGAUGCGUUAGAGUAAGAGUAGACCCUGACAACGACAAGAAGGUAGUCGGCAACAUUGAGCUGUUUGUGUCUGCCCGAGUCGCCGAGCUAUCAAGGAUCGAUGGUUUCAACGACGAUUUUCGAGCAUCUGUACAGACGGCUCUCCUGGAGCGCGCUGAGGGGACGUUCCUGUGGGUGAGCUUCGCGAUACACGGGCUGUCGCAGAAGCGGACGUGCAGCAAGAGCAAGAGCAAGAAAGCUAAGGAUUCCAAAUGGAAGAUGGCGCUGCAUUUGGCUGUUUGGGGAGGGAAUGAGGCGGCGGUGUGGCUGCUAGAGAAAGGUGCAAAUAUCAAGGCAAAGGACAAAGAUGGCAAGACAGUGUCGUACAAGGUAGCUUGGGGAGGGGACAAGGUGGUAGUGCGACUGCUGGUGGAGAGAGGAGCGGACAUUGAGGCGAAGGACAAUGAUGGGAGCAGUACAAUCUAG